CUGCCUGCUUUCAAAGCGUGUGUCCCUAGGUCGACCUGUUCAUGUCUACCCUCUCCAACUGAAUAUCAGUCAUGUCCCGUUGUCUCGUUCUGGCUCGGUUCGCGCUCGGUUCUUUCCAGAAAACAAAUUUACGGUUAUUGUCAUGUGCACGAGGCCUGAACAACCGAAGUGUCUCGCGCCCCUUGACUGGAGGCUUGCAGGUUAGACAGCUGCAGAGGUGGAGCAGUCCACAUCAGUUGUGGGGGCCGCAGUCGUCCUGUCUGGGCUUCUGCCAGCAAUCUUACUACAGCACUCAGGAGGUGGAGAAGGAACCAGAGAAAGAAUUGGAGAAAGAGCCGGAGGAGGAGCCUCUGCACACCAUCAUCAGCGAUACAGAGUCUGUGCAAGGCAGUUUCUCUAAACAUGAAUUUCAAGCUGAAACUAAAAAACUUCUGGACAUUGUUGCCAGGUCCUUGUACUCUGAAAAAGAGGUGUUCAUCAGAGAGCUGAUCUCUAAUGGCAGCGACGCUCUGGAAAAGCUGCGGCACAAAAUGAUCACAUCCAGUGGGGAAACGGCUCCAUUGGAGAUCCACCUGCAAACUGAUGCUUCAAAAGGAACAUUUACCAUCCAGGAUACUGGAGUUGGUAUGAACAGUGAGGAGUUGGUGGCUAACCUGGGUACCAUCGCACGCUCAGGUUCCAAGGCAUUCUUGGAUGCACUGCAGAACCAAGCGGAGGCUAGCAGCACCAUCAUUGGUCAGUUUGGAGUCGGCUUCUACUCCGCCUUCAUGGUGGCUGACCAUGUUGAUGUUUUCACCCGCUCUGCAGAGCCUGAUGCACCUGGAUACAAGUGGUCUUCAGAUGGCUCAGGAGUUUUUGAGGUUGCUGAAGCCAGCGGCGUUCAGCAGGGGACUAAAAUCGUGCUUCACCUCAAAGAUGAUUGCAAAGAGUUUUCUUCUGAGGACAGAGUUAAAGAGGUUGUAACAAAGUACAGCAACUUUGUCAGCUUCCCCAUCUUCCUGAACGGCCGGAGGCUCAACACGCUGCAGGCCUUGUGGAUGAUGGAUCCGAAGGAGAUCAGUGACUGGCAGCACGAAGAGUUCUAUCGUUACGUCGCUCAGGCCUACGACAAGCCCCGCUACACUCUGCACUACCGCGCCGACGCCCCACUCAACAUUCGAAGUAUCUUUUAUGUACCUGAGUCGAAGCCGAGCAUGUUUGACGUGAGCAGGGAGAUGGGCUCCAGUGUGGCUCUGUACAGCAGGAAGGUCCUGAUCCAGACCAAAGCCACCGAUAUCCUGCCCAAAUGGCUGCGCUUCCUGAGAGGUGUUGUGGACAGUGAAGAUAUUCCUCUGAACCUGAGCAGAGAACUGUUACAAGAAAGCGCCCUCAUCAGGAAGCUUCGGGACGUUUUGCAGCAGAGAGUGAUUCGCUUCCUGCUGGACCAGAGCAGGAAGGAGCCUGAGAAGUACGGCAAGUUCUUUGAUGAUUACGGCCUCUUCAUCAGGGAGGGUAUAAUCACCGUCCAGGAACAGGAUGUAAAGGAGGACAUUGGAAAGCUGUUGAGGUUCGAGUCGUCGGCUUUGCCAGCCGGCCAGCAGACAAAUCUGAUCGAGUACGCCUCUCGCAUGAAGGCCGGCACGCGAAACAUCUACUACCUGUGCGCCCCCAACCGACACCUAGCAGAGCACUCCCCCUACUACGAGGCCAUGAAGAAGAAAGACAUGGAGGUCCUGUUCUGCUACGAGCAGUUUGACGAGCUCACCCUGCUCCACCUCAGGGAGUUCGACAAGAAGAAGCUGAUCUCGGUCGAGACGGACAUCGUGGUGGAUCACUACAAGGAGGAGAAGUUUGAGGACUCCAAGCCAGAGUCGGAGCGGCUGACGCAGGAGCAGGCCGAUGACCUGAUGGCCUGGAUGAAGAACACUUUAGGUCCAAGAGUCACCAACGUAAAGCUUACACCUCGUUUGGACACCCACCCUGCCAUGAUUACCGUGCUGGAAAUGGGCGCUGCACGCCACUUCCUCCGCACUCAGCAGCUGGCGCGCUCCGCCGAGGAGAGAGCUCAGAUCCUGCAGCCCACGCUAGAGAUCAACGCAGGACACAAUCUGGUCAAGAAGUUGUACGAGCUGAAGGACACAAACUCUGAACUGGCUGGACUGUUACUGGAUCAGAUUUAUGACAAUGCCAUGAUCACGGCAGGCUUGAAUGAUGAUCCACGACCGAUGAUUUCCCGCCUCAAUGAGCUCCUGACUAAAGCUUUGGAGAACCACUGACGGUUUCCUGCAGUUUAUCAGAAAUGAGAAUUUAAAGACUGAAACAGGCAGUGAAGUGCUUCUAAAGAAAAACUACGACCCUUCACACCUCAUGGAGCGCUUCAUUUCUGCUGAUUUACUGCACACAUUGAACUAAAACAGUAAAAAAAUGGAAUGAAAAUGAGCUGCUGGAAGCUCCUCCGUCCACACAGUUUGUCUUUCAGGUGCGUUUGUAGUUUUAAGAUGGCUGCCGGUAGUUGUGCUUAUUUCAGUGACUUUCACAUUCCCAUCCUACUUUGGUUGGUCGAUAACUUUUUACACUUAAUUACAGGUAAAAUAAAUCUAGCUCAAAGUGUCACAUUAUGUAAAGCAGCUACAGGAAACUGGUGUUCUUCAAAAGGUCCAGCCAAUCCAAACUCAUCUAUAAACAUCAGGAGAAAAUGGAAGAAAUUCUAACUGCUAAUAAAAAGGGCCAUAUUUUGUUUUUUAAAUUAACAAACGACUAGAAUACUCCAACCUGGAUACUAUUAACAGUGACUUUAAUUAAAAAAACUUGUAAAAUGAUUUUUUUCAAAGUUUCUUUGUUGUAAGAAUCAAAACAUAAGAAACCCAAGCUUCAACAAAUCAUCCUUUAACUGCAGUCUGCGUGAAGCGCAGGAGGAGAUGAGUCCAAGUUGUCCUCUGCUGCAGUUUCAGCAGCCCAGUACUGUCAGUCCAUCUGAACCACAUCAGGCUGGCACAAGCCGUCGACUCCACAGCGCACGUUUCCCUUCGUGAGCCAUCCUUAAAGUCUCACCUGACUGGUGUGGUGCAUUAAAUAGUCUUACAUGUCAGGAGAGUUUGUCUAUGUUGGCCAAGAAGCGCUGGGCCCACCAUUCAUCAAGAUCUAUGGGAACAAAACCUGAGGAGAAAAAAAUG